UCUCCCGCUUCGACAGAUGAGUUUGUUCGGUUUGGUUUGGAUUGUGUCAGUCUUCAUAAACCAACUAAUUUUAUUCUUUUUCAAUAAAAGAUUAUGAAAAUUGUUAUAAAGUGAUAAUAACUUGAUUCGGCAAUGUUUCGUUUUGUAAAUAGUUGACGAUAAUCCUCACGAAUUUAAACUAUGCUAUAUUCCGGGGUAUUUUGAGGUUAGGAAGUGAUUCGAUUGUUUUGGUUUAAUAUUUCCUUGAAAUGUGCGGCUUUUUUCGGCUCUAAUUAAAGUGAAUUGUUAGUGACAAAUUUAGGAUUAUUUAAUACAGCAUGUAUCCUGCAUCUACCAGACAUCCGACAAGUGGGGGUCCACCACCACAAGGUGGUCAAAUCAAAUUUACAAUAGCAGACACUUUAGAAAGGAUAAAAGAAGAAUUUAAUUUUCUGCAAGCCCAAUAUCACACGUUAAAACUAGAAUGUGAGAAAUUAGCUAGUGAAAAGACUGAAAUGCAACGGCACUACGUCAUGUACUACGAAAUGUCAUAUGGCCUUAAUGUGGAAAUGCACAAACAGACUGAAAUUGCAAAACGCUUAAACGCUAUUAUCGCCCAAGUGCUGCCCUUCUUGGCUCAAGAGCAUCAACAGCAAGUAGCCACAGCUGUCGAAAGGGCCAAACAAGUUACAAUGGCCGAACUAAAUUCCAUUAUAGGGCAACAGCAACAACAAGGCCUUCAACAGUUGCUUCAACAAAUACACGCCCAACAGCUACCGCACGGUGCUCAUGGACCUGGGUUACCAAUGGGUCCACAUCCAGGUCUCCCAGGAAUGGGUCCAGCAGCUGGUUUAUUGGGCUUCGGAGCUGGAUUGGCAGCAGGAGUUCCUGGUGCACCUGGAGGUCCUCAUCCUUCAGUCGCUGGUGGUGCACAUCCUCUACUUAAACCUGCCGAUCUCCAUGCUAGAGAUCAUCAAGAUCUUAAAAGGCCUGGCAGCACAAAUGCUGAAGAAAGACUGAACUCUGUUUCACCUGGCGAUAGAGAUAAAUAUAGGUCACGAUCUCCAACAGAAGUCGAUACUGUGAAACGACGAAAAGAAGACAAAUUAGGACAUGAAAGUGAUGGGGAAAAAAGUGAUCAAGAUUUAGUUGUGGACGUUGCUAAUGAGGAAGCAACAUCACCACAUACGAACGGGGAACAUGUUUCUUUAGGAAAUUCCAAUGAAAUUAGGGAAAACGGAAGUACCAACGGUGAUAAAAUAAAAGUAGAAAGACCACCCAGUAGAAGUGGUUCCUCUUCAUCGAGAAGUACGCCAUCUUUAAAAAGCAAAGACGAGAAACCUCUUACGCCUGGUUCAAAGCCUCGCUCUACGACGCCAAAUCUAGGUGCUGGACCGGCACCAGCUGCUAAAGUUGGUCACGCAGGUCAAUAUCCACCUUAUCCUUUAGGAGCUUCAAGAGGUCCCGAACAUUUGAGCCCAUAUAAUAAUGUAGCUCCUUCUCCCUAUAGUCGACCGGCUAUGUUAGGUUAUGAUGGACAUCCGCAUACUAGAGCCCCUGGAAUUGCAACGAACGGAAUGGGAGCCAUUCCUGGAGGAAAACCGGCCUAUUCUUUUCACAUGAACGGUGAAGGUCAAUUACAGCCUGUACCUUUUCCAGCAGACGCUUUAAUUGGUCCUGGGAUACCAAGACAUGCGCGUCAGAUUAAUACGUUAACACAUGGUGAAGUCGUUUGCGCAGUUACGAUCUCUAAUCCCACCAAAUAUGUAUAUACGGGAGGAAAAGGCUGCGUAAAAGUAUGGGAUAUCAGCCAACCCGGAUCUAAGAGUCCUGUUUCACAAUUGGAUUGCUUGCAAAGAGACAAUUAUAUUAGAUCGGUAAAACUCUUACCAGAUGGUAGAACGUUAAUAGUAGGCGGUGAGGCAUCUAAUUUAUCAAUUUGGGAUUUAGCAAGUCCUACACCUAGAAUAAAAGCAGAAUUAACUUCUAGUGCGCCAGCCUGCUAUGCACUAGCUAUUAGUCCGGAUUCGAAGGUAUGUUUCAGUUGCUGUUCUGAUGGUAAUAUAGCUGUAUGGGACUUACACAAUCAGACUCUAGUGAGACAGUUUCAAGGACAUACAGAUGGCGCGUCUUGUAUAGACAUUUCUUCCGAUGGAACUAAAUUGUGGACGGGAGGCUUAGACAAUACUGUUCGUAGUUGGGAUCUUCGAGAAGGCAAACAAUUACAACAACAUGAUUUCAGUUCUCAAAUCUUCUCUUUGGGAUACUGUCCUACAGGAGAAUGGUUAGCAGUUGGUAUGGAAAAUUCGCAUGUAGAAGUACUGCACGCUACGAAAGCAGAUAAAUAUCAGUUACACUUGCACGAGAGUUGUGUACUCAGUUUAAGGUUCGCCACAUGUGGAAAAUGGUUUGUUUCAACUGGCAAAGAUAAUUUGUUGAAUGCUUGGCGAACGCCAUAUGGAGCGAGUAUAUUCCAAUCCAAAGAAUCAUCGAGUGUCUUGAGUUGUGACAUCUCUACAGAUGACAAAUAUAUUGUAACGGGCUCAGGAGACAAAAAAGCAACAGUGUAUGAAGUGAUGUAUUAAACAUAGUGCGCGGAAAAACAGGAGACUUUUUACACAAUAUGAACGAACCAAUUUGGACAAUUAUAUCAUAAUUUUCAUUCUACUUGUACAUAAAGAGAUUGUAGAUGUUUACAACAGAGGGCGUAACUGUUAAUCGUUUUCAGCUUCUCCAAAUUUCACUAUUUAUCAAGUACUUUCCUGUACUGUGACACAACUGUAAAUUUUUUUAGAUAGCUGAGCAAAAAGGGACUUUUUUAUUUAUGUUGUCUUCUUUAGAGUAAGCCUCAACGCGGUAAGUACAGCGUGUACCAACAAUUAUGAAUCUUUUAUUGAUUCGGAAUUUUGGGACAAUCUGUAUAUUUGUUAUUUGUUUUACAAAAAAAUCUGACAUAUAUUGUUAAAAUGUGUGUGUGAAUUAGAUGUCAAUGAAUUGAAACAAAAACUUGGCACCAAUGAUUCAAAUUCAAAAUACUUAAAUAUUUAGAACUUUUCAUUGGUUUCUGGAUGUUAUUACGAAACAGAAGAUUACGUAGCAUAUUUUUCGUAAUUAAAUAAAAUUAUAUAAUUACAAACUAUAAA